CUUUGUUUUUUCCCAAAUUCUCUUUCAGUUCAGUUUUCGUUGUUGUUUACAAGAACUCGAAAUUCAAAUGGAGACUCCAUCAUCAGCCAAAAGGGUCACUAGAUCACAGGCUAUCUCUGCAAUCAACGACUCUGAUUCUGACUUCAAAGUUCCCUUUUCAUCAUCAAACAAAACAGAGGAUUCGAGCAUCGACCAAAGAAAAGAAGAAGACAGGUCUGCACUAAUCGACAUAACCAACGACUCACCGAUCGUGGGUCUAACGAUGCAGACACCUCCUUCAGGGUUCAUGGUUAAGAGAAAAAGCAGCAGAAUCAAGAUCACGCCUGGAUCUGGUGAAGCCCUUUUGAGAGGACAAGUCAAAACCCUUUUACACAAGGUUGAAGAAGGAACAGAGCUUAUCCAUUCAAUAAAGACUCGUCCUUUUAUCCAUCUGGUCACUUCUCCAAUGAGACUUCUCGCUCCAACUCCAGCAAAUACUCCCCAAUUUCCAAACUUUUCAGAUGAUGAUGUCAAGAUUAAGAUCGCAUCUCCGAUUGUUGCUGGAAACUUGAGAACCUCUCAGAUAUCUGAAGAGAAAGAAGACAAGAGUAUGAGCAUAACUCGUUCUUUACUGUUUGACUUCACCGACAAGUCAGCUUUAUGAGGAAGAAGAAGAAGAAGAAGAAGAAGAAGAGGAGGUUGAUGGGUUGUGUGAAGGAAUGAAGAAGAUGAAUGUAGAGACGAAUCAAGCUGAAUUUGCAGGGAAACAUAACAGAUUUCUUUACAACAGUGAAGACGAUGAGAUCGUAGAGGCUAAAGAAGUGUUGCAUUUGAAAGGGAUUCCAACUCCGAGAGGAAAGCAUUUUAGGUUUGCUACUCAAGAAGAAUAAGAAUCUUUAUUGGGCUUUGCUUUGUAAUAUUGGUCACGAGAUAGUGAUCUGUGUUUUUCAGGCCUAAAAAGGCCCAUUUAAAUAGGAGAGAGGUCGUUGUCUAAUAAAAUUUGGUGGUAAAACUAACAGAACACAUGAGAAAACAAAAGGACGUUCCAACGAACCUUUCUACUUGUUCUAUAUUUACCCAAACUUGUUCUUUAGUGUGAAGUAAACGCCAAGACAUUUUCAACUAUAUCUUGUUCCUAAAUUCUAAUUUUGCAAUACUAAAAAAC